UGGGUCCAGGAUUUUCCAUGACCUGUCCGUAGUUGAUCAUGCAAGGUAUAUAACGAGACGACUCCAUCCUAUUCUACAAUCAAGCCCCCCAAAAAACAUUUCCAUUCUUUCCAGUGUUAUUGACUGACAUUUUUAAAACCCCACUUUCUUUACCCCCCCCCCAAAAAAACAGCUUAUUAAUUCAAAAUGUCGAUCGUCUCUACGCUCUCUAUUCUAGCUCUGGCAGCAUCAACCCUCGCUCAAAAAUGUCCUAUCAUUCUUGAAGGGCGAGUACCUGCAGCAUCAACACCAGCAACUUUUGAUACCCCGGAGAGCUUGUUUGACCCCAAGAACGUCAAGGGAGAAGGUAGGGUUUUCACAGAAUGAUUAGGAUUAACAUUAUCUAACAAAAUAUCAGGCCUGAAAUUCGCCGAUCUCCUUACUCUGCCAAAGCUCGCCAAACCAUCUCUUUUCGACAAAGACACCCAGGCCAUCUCACUCUCCAUCUCCGACAAAUCCAUUUUCGCCCCAUCCCCAACUAACAAGCAAACGGGUUUCCGUCGUGUUGAGCUUAUUAUGGCUAAGAACAACGGAACCGAUUCCAGUACCGUCGGCCAAAGAGUUAUCCACUUCAGUAUCCAGAAGGAUGAUACCAAGGCUUUCAACACCAGUCACGAGUACCAAUUGAUGUUCCUCGAAGACGCAAAGUUCAGCACCAACCAAGUCGCUGUCAAGACUGGUACUGUCGCCGGCCUCGAGAAGCUGAAGAACCCAGGACGAUCAGGAAGCGGGGCAGCUGGAGCACCCAAGGGUAAUGGCACUGAGAAGGCCGACCCAAAGAAGAAGGGGGAGGACCCAAAGAAGAAGGACGCAGAGGAUCCAGCAUGCUCCGGUAUGCCUCUCCCAGCGGGUACCAGAAAAGCCAAACGGGCUGUUGCAGAGAGACAAGCCAAAGCUGCUGUCGGAAACACCAUCAUCGUUCAAGGAAACGUCAACACGGAUAUCGGUGUCUUGUUCGAGACCGAGUUCACCGGUGGUGGAGUUUGGCACAACUUUGGUAUCGUCAUGGACUACGAGAAGAAGUAAGUUUUUCCCCUUUCUAUAAGGAUUUUAGCGAGCAAGUGACUAACAUGUCUACCCAGCACCACCGCUAUCCUCUACUCCACCGAUGCCAACCCCCUCAAGGAAGUCGUCAAGCCAACGAAGAACGAAAUCGCCGGUCAAGGUCAGCACCACUUCGGUAUGUUGAAGAAGCCUACCGGAGAGGGAUUGAAAGAUGUCACCAAGGAAGGAUUCCAACAAUCUCCAGUCAACGAGGCAAUCAUCUACGGAGGUAUCUUCAUUGAGGAUGGAGCUAAAGACUGCAUCUCAAAUGCUCCAUAGAUGGCUUGCAGUUGGAUUCCUGAUGUUUGAUAUGAUAAUGUAGCUUUCGACUUCUUGUUUUCUUUUAGGGCGGG